AUGGCUAAACGAGGUGAAACGACGCUACUUACCAACUCUCCGAGGAAGGAAAACGAUGAAGAAAACCAGGCCCAGCAGUACGGCGAGGUAAACCAACUCGGCGGAGUGUUCGUGAACGGGCGGCCACUCCCCAACAGCACCCGGAUGCGGAUCGUCGAACUAGCCCGGCUCGGCAUUCGGCCCUGCGACAUCUCACGCCAACUGCGCGUAAGCCACGGCUGCGUCUCGAAGAUACUGGCGCGCUACCACGAGACCGGCUCGAUACUGCCAGGCGCUAUCGGCGGCUCGAAGCCGCGUGUCACCACGCCGAAGGUCGUCACCUACAUCCGCGAGCUGAAGCAGAAAGACCCGGGCAUCUUCGCCUGGGAGAUCCGGGACCGCCUGCUCUCCGACGGCGUCUGCGACAAGAACAACGUGCCGAGCGUCAGCUCCAUCUCGCGCAUCCUGCGCAACAAGCUGGGCAACCUGGGCCAUCCGCACCACCACCACCAUCACCACCAUCCGCACCAUCCCCACCAGCACCACGCGGGCGGUGGCGGCGGGGGAGGUGGUGGCGGUGGAGGCGGCGGAGCCCACACGCCCCAUCCGCCCGGUGCGCACCUCUACAACUCCAUCUACCCCUCGUACCCGUACACGUCCGGUUCGCUCAAGUCGGAGGUGUCGUGCGGCGGCAGCCCCUCGCCCCCGACCGGCGCCACCCCCAUUCGAAGCCCGCACUCCCACUGCCCCUGGCCGUCGUCCCACUCGGUCACCGACAUCCUGGCCAACGUGCACCACCAGGCGGCGGUGGCGGCGCUGCGUAACGGCGGCACGCCCACAUCCCAGUGCCACACGACCCCACCCCCUCCCAACGCGGCGGGCCUCACCGGCGGCCAGGUGCUGAUGGCGAACGGGCCCACCGGCACGGCGGCGGCCUCCAGUGCUGCUGCUGCAGCCGCCGCCGCCGCUGCCGCCGCCGCCGCGGCCGCAGCGGCCGGGAACGCCAUGCACCACCACCAUCACCACCAUCACCAGAUGCAGGAGUCGGUGUCGUCGCAGUCGCCCAAUUCCUACAACUACUACAUGUACUUGCAGAGCGGCGGCAUGCACCACGGCGGGUUGGCGAGCGCCUCCGGUUUAUAG